AUGAUACUAGGACAACAAUCAGGUUUCACGAGAGAGCCAUGCUUCCUAUGCCUGUGGAACAGCAGAGAUCGAGCCAACCAUUAUAGCAAACAACAUUGGCCUGAGAGAGUAUCCUUUGAACCUGGUUCUCACAAGAUCAUCAACGAAAGUGUGGUUAAUCCCCAGAAAAUUCUCCUUCCACCCCUUCACAUCAAGCUUGGUCUGAUGAAGCAAUUCGUCAAAGCCUUAGAUACGGACGGCAAAAGCUUUACGUAUAUAGGGCGAAAAUUCCCAUCUAUUUCUGAUGCUAAAUUGAAAGAAGGUGUAUUUGAUGGACCCCAAAUUCGAACGUUAUUCAAGGACACGAAUUUCGUCACUUAA